AAAAAAAGAGCUGCUGCAAGGAAUUUAUAGCAUGGGCUUUAACAGACCAUCCAAGAUACAAGAAACUGCUCUUCCGAUGAUGCUAGCCGACCCACCACAAAAUCUUAUUGCUCAGAGCCAGUCGGGGACUGGCAAAACAGCUGCUUUUGCCUUGGCCAUGUUGAGCAGAGUAAAUCCAGCAGAAAAAUUUCCACAGUGCCUCUGCUUAAGCCCUACUUUUGAACUGGCUGAGCAAACUGGACAAGUAGUUGAGAAAAUGGGAAAGUUCUGUGUCAAUAUUGGUGUUACAUAUGCUGUCCGAGGAAAAAGACUUCCAAGAGGAACUGUAGUUGAGCAACAGAUAAUAAUUGGAACUCCGGGGACCCUGCUAGAUUGGUGUUUCAAGCUAAAACUUCUAGACAUUAAGAAAAUCCGAGUGUUUGUGCUGGAUGAAGCAGAUGUCAUGAUUAAUAAACAGAACUUCUCGGACCAGAGUGUCCGGAUUCAGAGGGUAUUAUCUCCCAGCUGCCAGAUGCUUCUGUUCUCAGCAACGUAUGAAGACCCUGUGCUGCUCUUUGCUCAGCGCAUUGUACCUGAUCCCAACAUUAUUAAGCUCCGCCGAGAAGAGUUGACUCUCAACAAUAUCAGACAGUAUUACUUAUUGUGUGAGAAUAAAGAAGAUAAGUACAAAGCUCUGUGCAAUAUCUAUGGCAGUAUCACUGUUGGCCAGGCUAUAAUCUUCUGCCAGACUCGUAAGAAUGCUAAAUGGCUAUCAGUGCAACUGUUGAACGAUGGGCACCAAGUAGCCUUGUUAAGCGGAGAGCUUGCUGUUGAACAGCGGGCAGCUAUAAUUCAGAGAUUUCGCGAGGGGAAGCAUAAAGUCCUUAUCACAACCAACGUCUGUGCCAGAGGCAUUGAUGUGAAACAGGUCACAAUAGUGGUCAACUUCAGCCUGCCUACAAAUCUUGAAGACUUUGCUGACUUUGACACCUACCUGCAUCGCAUAGGCCGUGCAGGCCGCUUCGGAAAGAAAGGUAUAGCCUUCAACAUGGCCGAAAAGCAUAAGUUACCACUGAUCUUCGCGAUUGAAGAACACUUCAAGACCACCAUUAAACUCCUUGACCCAGAUGAUAUGGAAAUGCUAGAAAAAAUAGAAGACUGAGUUGUUAAGAUGUUA